UGCAUCAGUUUUACACAUGGUGGAUUUGCGAAAGACUGUUUUUGCCUCUUGAAAGUUUCCUUCUUCGUCAAAAUGCCGAUCAGUUGUAGAUUUUACAAACACAAGUACCCAGAAAUCGACGAUGUCGUGAUGGUGAACGUUCGAAGCAUCGCUGAAAUGGGAGCGUAUGUGAAUUUGCUUGAAUAUAACAACAUCGAAGGAAUGAUCCUUUUGAGCGAAUUGUCAAGGAGAAGAAUUCGCUCGAUUAACAAACUGAUCAGGGUUGGAAGACAUGAGUGUGUGGUAGUUAUUCGCGUAGAUAAGGACAAAGGAUAUAUUGACCUAUCCAAGAGGAGAGUGUCUCCAGAAGAAAUCAAGAAAUGUGAGGAAAAGUUUACUAAAGCAAAAGCUGUGUACAGUAUUCUGAGGCACUGUGCAGAGAUCUUAGGAUAUGAGACAGACCGCGAAUUAGAGGAGCUGUAUGAGAAGACAGCUUGGUAUUUUGAUGAGAAGUGCAAAUCACCAGGGAGUUCAUAUGAGAUGUUCAAAUUAGCUGUUGGGGAUCCAUCAUUGCUAGAUGAAUUGGAUCUUGAUGAAAAGACGAAAUCCACCUUACUCUCUAACAUAACGAGAAGGCUUACUCCCCAAGCUGUCAAGAUCCGUGCUGAUAUUGAAGUGUCAUGUUAUGCCUACGAAGGCAUUGAUGCUGUGAAAAAUUCCUUGUUAGAAGGACUGAAGUGUACAUCAGAAGAUGUUCCUAUCAAGAUAAAUUUGAUAGCAGCACCUCUUUAUGUGAUUACAACAACAACAUUGGAUCGGGAUGAGGGACUCCAAGCCUUGACAAAUGCUGUGGAUGCCAUUAGAACCACCAUCAAAAAAUUUGGAGGAGAUUUUAUUGAAAAAGCUGCUCCAAAGGUUGUCACAGACAGUGACGAGGCUGAGCUUGCCAAGCAAAUGGAAAGAUUAGAAAGAGAAAAUGCUGAAGUGGAUGGUGAUGACGACAAUCCUGAUGAGGAAGAGAUAUCAGAAGAGAUCCAUUAGUUUUCAUAUUUCUUUAAAUUAUCUGUUGAGCUUUAUAUUUUGCGUCUGUCAUUUCCUCAUUGUUUCAUUUUGUGAGAGAACGCUGACAAAGUAUCAGAAACUAAAGCAUCUGGAUUCUAUACUUAGUUCUUAUUAACCGAGCGAGAGGUCUGUAUGGGAGAAUCUUGACCGAGGUCGCCAGUACAGACCGAA